CGCCGGCCCGUCUGAGGGCACCGGAUCUCUCUCCCGCAGGCUCCCAGCGGUGAGGGAGGCGCCGCCGGGGGCAGCUCCCCGACGGAGGAACCAGCCCUCGCCUUCCCGGUCAGCGAAGAGCAGAGGCGGGAACUGCGAGAGGCCUUUGAGCUGUUCGAUCCUGAUGGCUGCGGCGUCGUGGAUGUCCGGGCCCUGAAGGCAAGGAGCUGUGGAAGUGCAGCCUGAUCGCUGGUGAAAACAAAUCUGGGAGGCGUAGAGACUCCUCGUUUGUCCUCCUUUCCCCCACGAAGCCCUGCACAGAGGCAUUGCUGGAGAAGAAACCCUGGGAACCUCUGGUCGCAGCUUUUAGGAGGUGGAGUUGUUCCACCGCUCUCAUCUAGAGGCUUUCUACUUCCCCGCCCUGGCUGCGAAUCUCCUCUGUCACGUUUUCAUCCGUGCACCAAGAUAACGUCAACCUGUGCUGCAGGGACUUUGUUAAGGCAGGCCUGAAAGAAGGCACGGAUGUGCAGCGUAUCCUUCAUAACCCCUUUCCCACGUGGAAAAUGAUGUCACCGCAGUAUUGCGGUUGUACUACCCUGCCUGCAGUGGGGUUGAUACAGCAUGCAGCCAUCAGGUUUGUGCCAGAUAACCGUAAGGGCUCUGGGCUGUGAAUUGGGGAAGGAGGAGAUGAAGAGAAUUGUCUCUCAAUUCGGUAAAGAAGGGUCAGGGAAGCUAAGCUUUAAGUCGUUUCUGCAGGUGGUGACUCAGAAAAUGGCAGAGCCCUGUGUGGAAAAGGAGAUCCUGCGAGCCUUCAAGGUGUUUGAUUGCGAUGGCACUGGCAAGAUCUCCUUUGAGAAUCUCAAGGUGGUGGCUAGUGAGGUUGGAGAAGACAUCACGGAUGAGGAGCUGCAGGAGAUGAUUGAUGAAGCAGAUGUGAAUGGAGAUGGAGAAGUGGACAAAGAGGAGUUCCUACGGAUGCUGACGCUCACUGACCCAUAACUACAAGGUUUCCUUUUUAUUCUCCCAUUCCCAUAUAAACAACUAGUUACAAUGUCACUUUCCUCCAGCUUCCUUGUUUGUUGCCUUUCUUGGAGGUCAAAACACACCAAAAUAUUGUUAAUGUUUCAUCUUUGGGGUUGAUUUUCCUGCUUCAUGAGUGGAAGCAGUUUUCCGUGCCCCAGCAAACAGUGUUGUUACUAGCUUUGGGUCUGUGUGGGUUGGGUCUAAAGUUAGAGAUUAAUUCGAAUUCUUCAGCGAGUCCCUGGAAUUCUCCCUAUUGUAUUUACAUCCUGUAGCUUUCCCGCCUAUCUGACAUCUCAAAACGCUCUUAAUCUCAGAAAAUCCUGUAGAAAUCUCAAGAGUUAGUGCUUAUGGCAGAAACUUUCCUAACUCCUGCAUUUUGCCCAUUUUGUUCAAGGGCUUGGGGACAAUAAGCCACAUUUUCAUUAGAAACUGAGUAGAAUUGCUGUGUUAAGCUACUCAGGCUGCCAGAUCUGCCUGAACCUCUCUUUGCUGCGGCACCUGGGUAAACUUCUUCCCACUCUGGCCACCACUGUAGUCACGAAGGAUCUUGCCGUGUUGGUGAGAGUGCAAAAAUAUGUUGGUGUUUUGAAAAGGAUGUAAAAAGCCUGAAGAGAGCUCAGAAGAGCCUCAGAAAAUAGUUGCUGACUUAGAAAACAUGUCUUGUGCUGAGAGAAACGGCUCAGGCUGUAGUGAUUAUACGGUACUACCUGUAUAAUAAGAACUUAGGUAAGAAGAACUUACCAGUGACCGUCUAAAAAGCUCCUGAACCUAACGGAGACAAACCUGCCAGCAUCCAGGGGCUGGAAGUUAGCUCUUUAACUAA